GGAUUUUUUUUUUUUUAAGAAGUUGAGAAAAGUUAGUGAGAGAGAGAGAAAGAGAGAACAAGAUAGAGAGAGAUUAUUGUGUAUAUGAAAAAGGAAAGUUGGGUGUGUCAUGUGCUUGUGAAGUCUUUACCCUUCCACUGAUUGUAAGCCAAAAAAAGACUGAAGAAUCAUUCUAUCCCCACUUCACCUGCUGUCCAACACCCCUUAUCUUCCCAAAAUAAGCCUUCUGUAUAGAACCUUUUUUUUGGUAUUAUUGGUAGUCCUGUUCUCAUCAGUAUCAGACCUAAAAUCAGUUUUUUCCCAUAUUUAGCCCUAUUGUCCUCACCUCAACCCACCCCUAUUAUCCCUAAAUCCUUUUCUGGGUUUUUUUGCCUAUUUUGUUUGUUUGUGUGUGUGGAGAUAUGGUGAGAGGGAAGACUCAGAUGAGGAGGAUAGAGAACGCUACAAGCAGGCAAGUCACCUUUUCCAAAAGGAGAAAUGGGCUUCUGAAGAAGGCAUUUGAGCUCUCGGUUCUCUGCGAUGCUGAGGUUGCUCUCAUAAUCUUCUCUCCUAGGGGAAAGCUCUAUGAAUUUGCUAGUUCAAGGGUAAAAAGGGACAAUGGAGUGACUUCAUUCGUGUUGUGUUCAAUUUCGAAAUUACUCAGCACGCAGGAGACGAUACAGCGCUAUCAGAGGCAUACAAAAGCUGUUCAAACUGACAACUCAUCAGUGGAAGAAAACAUGCAGCAUUUGAAGCACGAGGCAGCAGACAUGGCAAACCAGAUAGAGCUUCUUGAAGUUGCGAAAAGGAAACUCUUGGGAGAGGAUCUGGGGUCAUGCACCAUGGAAGAACUGCAGCAAAUUGAACAACAGUUGGAGCGGAGUGUAAGCAGAGUCCGGGCUAAAAAGAUGGAGGCUUUCAUGGAACAGAUUGAUCAACUUAAGGAAAAGGAGAAAGUCCUAACAGCUGAAAAUGCAAAGCUCUGUGAGAAGAUUUCUUCAUGUGCUUUUAUUUCUCGAGGGAACAACAGCCAAUGGAAUACCUCUCAUUUCUUUCCAACUUGGUGCAUUUAUCCCUGGAUAUCUUGUCCAGCCAGUGAUUGUUCGCUAUCCCCAUGUAUACUUCGACCAAUCCUGUUUCACAAUUUCAUGGAGGUGGAGUAUAUUCCUGUUGUUUCACCCCUUGAAAAUCAAAAGGAAAAUGCUAUCCAUUUUGCUAAAAGGACUGGCCAUGUUAUCGUUACUGCUCUUAAUGUCGUACAAACAGGUCAUGUGUAUGGGGACUUCAUGCUGUUUGCAAAAGCUGCUGAGUCCAAACAGGAAAAUCCUACACUUUAUAUGAUUGAAAUGAAAAAGGUGGAAUCAACAUUCCAUUUAAGCAGUUUGGAAGCUAUGGACUUCCUGGAUACAUUUCUUUCCAUGAAUCCAGAUUCCAGGUAUGUUGGCGUGAAUUGUUAAUUUUGGUGAUGUUCAUAUUUUACAUUUAUUUGUCAUGUAUGCCUUGAUUGUCUUCGCAAGGAACAAUUAUUAUUAUACUACUGAUUGAAGUUGUUCGAGUUGUUCAUCUGGCUGUUAGAUGCCACCAUGCCUACCUCAUGCAAGUUGCGCAAUGCUGUCAACUUUCCUUCAUUCUCUAACAUAAGAUUAUUGGAUAGGGUGUUUGAAUCAUGGAUGAGUGAUGAGGGUUUUCUUUCUCUUUCUUUUCUUUCCUCUUCGUUCUAUCUUGUGUAUUUUUUAUUUUAUUUUUUUCUAAAAAAUUUGAGGUCAUUUUAGAAAAUAAAUGCUUCCAUUGAAUUAAUGCUGCAUCCAUGCAAAUGAUGCAAAUGUGGGCUUUUGGUGGCUGCAUCAAAUCAUUUUAGAUAUGCCAUUGUUUAAUCUGAAAGUAUAUGGUAUUGCUUCUUUUCA